AUGCCACUCCGAUUCAAAUUUCCUGAGAGGGCUUCAUCCAGAAGACCCACCUGGGUUCGCUCGACACCACUCGGUUCUCCGAUCCCGGACGCCAAUUACACCUCCCAACUCACCUUCCACAAAGCUCUUGUUGGAUAUGAGCCGACGUUUCUCCUAUCUCUGGAUGCUCUUGCCUCUGAGCUAGGUCUUGCAGCCGUAUACAUCAAAGACGAAUCAUCCCGAUUUGGUCUACCUUCCUUCAAAGCUGUAGGAGCAUCUUGGGGCUGCUUCCGUGCUCUUAUAUUUCAUCUGGGCCUGAAUCUCGAUACUGCGACUUUGGAGUCAGUAGCUGCCGCUGCUGCAGACAAAGGCUGCAAAUUGUUGGCUGCGACCGAUGGCAAUCACGGUAGAGCUAUUGCUUGGAUGGCACGUUCUCUCGGUAUUGAAUCUACCAUCUACGUACCCCACGACCUACACCCAAACUUCCUGCGCUUGAUCGCCGCUGAGGGUGCUGAAGUAGUCGUUGUACAAGGUGACUAUGAUUUCGCUGUUGAAACUGCUGCCUCGGCUGCCGCUGCGUCAAAGCACAAUAUCCUCGUCCAGGAUACGGCGUUUGAUGGCUACGAGGAUACCCCAACCUGGAUUAUCGAUGGAUAUGCAACCAUCUUUGCAGAGAUGGAGGAGCAAUUGCAAGACCUUCCUAUCCAACCGACUAUAAUCAUCACCCCUGUGGGCGUGGGCUCUCUUGCUCAGGCUGUAAUCACAUACGCCAAGGCACAAAGGAAUCUCACCACCAUCGCCGUUGAGCCUGAUACGGCAGCUUGCUUGCAGGCCUCGCUUGUUGCAGGCAAGCCCACUUCCAUCACGACUUUCAACACCAUCAACGCAGGUUGCAACUGUGGAACCCUGAGUUCGAUAUCCUGGCCCUAUCUCCGCGACCGUGUCGACAUCAGCACCACAAUCUCCGACUACGAAACGCAUGUUGCGGUCCAAGACCUGCAUCGGCACAACGUAAACGCUGGCCCUUGUGGCGCGUCCGGGCUCGCAGCACUGCGCCGACUUCUCGCUGAGGGUAAUGUUAAGAAAGGAGAGGCAGUGGUAUUGAUAAACACCGAAGCUGCUAGACCUUAUGAUAUCCCUUUGGAUGUCAGUAAUGAUAAUGUUACCGACUUGACGCAACAACUUGUGCGAAUCGACAGUUCUUCUCCGACACUGGAUACUACUGGUGCGGCACCUGGAGAAGCGAAGAUAGCGGCAUUUAUUGCACAGUGGCUUCAUCAUCGCGGGAUCGAGACACACAUUGUGGAAAGCACACCUGGUCGGCCAUCCGUCGUUGGAGUAGUGAGGGGAACUGAUCCUCACGCGAAGAAAGUAAUGUUGAACGGUCAUAUCGACACAGUAGCCCUCUCAACCUACGGACCCUCUCCACUCAGCGGCGACCUGGUCGACGGCAAAAUCUACGGCAGAGGCGUACUAGACAUGGAAGCAGGAGUCGCAGCCGCCAUGACCACUCUACUGCACUUUGAUCAGCACGGCAGUAAGGGCGAUAUCAUCCUCACCGCAGUCGCAGACGAAGAAGAUCGCUCCCUCGGAACCUCCGCCAUCUUGGCAGCCGGAUGGACAGCAGACGCCGCAAUCAUCCCCGAGCCAACUUCCCUAACCCUGCAUCACGCACACAAAGGUUUCGUGUGGGUGGAAGUCACAAUCCUCGGUGUAGCUGCCCACGGCUCCGACGCCACCACCGGUGUCGACGCCAUCAUGCAUACCUCUUCCUUCCUCUCCGCUAUAAACUCCUACGCCACCACCCUGCCUGAAGACAAUGUAUUGGGGGAAAGCACAAUGCACACCGGAACCAUCAGAGGCGGGGAGGAAAAUAGCAGUUAUCCCGCCUCUUGCACUGUAACCCUUGAAUUCAGGACUGUAAACAAUAUAUCCCAAUCUUCUGCUGUCAUCCUCCACGAUAUCGCUGCUAUUCUUGCGAAUUUGCGGAAACAGGAUGAGGUAUUCCGCUAUCAGUCGCCUACAGUGCUGUUUGAAAGAGCGCCAUUAUUGCCUUUAUCGUCUUCUCAUCCUUUUCUUCUCGCAGCAAAACAAUCACUGGCGGAGAUGCAGGGUAAGAAAGUGCAAGAUGUCGAGGUUUCGGCGGCGAAAUUCUGGACUGAUGCGGGAUUGUUGAGUGAAGCUGGGAUCCCUUGUUUGGUAUUCGGACCUGCAGGAAAAGGAUUACAUGGUAAAGAUGAGUGGGUUGAUGUGGAGAGUAUCAAGAUUGUCGAGGAGGUUAUGAGGGAGACGGUUAGACGGUUUCAGGAGUGUUGA